AUUCUUUUUAUUCAUUAUUUUUUUGGGGAGAAAUUUUGGGAUUUUGGAGGCGCCAUGUCCCGCUCCGUGAGCUUCACCUCCCGCUCCGUGGCCGCGCCGGCCGUCACGCAGGUGCGGGUCAGCUCCGUGUCGUCCACGCGUGGCCUCGGCGGCCCCUCCGCCCGCGGGGGGGGCUUCGGCAGCUCCAGCCUCUACAACCUGGGCUCCUCCAAGAGGGUCUCGCUGGGAGGGGGCGGCUCCUUCGGCCUCCGAGCCGGCUCUGGGGGCUUGGGGGGUCCCGCGGGGAUCCAGGAGGUGACGGUGAACCAGAGCCUGCUGACCCCCCUCAACCUGGAGAUCGACCCCAACAUCCAGAGGGUGCGGCGGGAGGAGAAGGAGCAGAUCAAGAGCCUCAACAACAAGUUCGCCUCCUUCAUCGACAAGGUGCGGUUCCUGGAGCAGCAGAACAAGAUGCUGGAGACCAAGUGGGGGCUGCUGCAGGAGCAGAGGAGCCCCCGCAGCAACAUCGGCCCCCUCUUCGAGUCCUACAUCGGGAACCUGCGGCGCCAGCUGGACGCGCUGCUGGGGGACAAGGGGCGGCUCGAGGGCGAGCUCAAGAACAUGCAGGACCUGGUGGAGGACUUCAAGAACAAGUACGAGGAUGAGAUCAACAAGCGGGCGGCGGCCGAGAACGAGUUCGUGGUGCUCAAGAAGGAUGUGGACGCUGCCUACAUGAACAAGGUGGAGUUGGAGGCCAAGGUGGACGCCCUGACGGACGAGAUCAACUUCCUGAGGGCUUUCCAUGAGGCGGAGAUCAACGAGCUGCAGGCCCAGAUCUCGGACACCUCGGUGGUUCUGUCCAUGGACAACAACCGGAGCCUGGACCUGGACGGGAUCAUCGCCGAGGUGAAGGCGCAGUACGAGGACAUCGCCAACCGCAGCCGCGCCGAGGCCGAGGCCUGGUACCAGAGCAAGUACGAGCAGCUCCAGCUGACGGCCGGCAAGCACGGGGACGACCUCCGGAACACCAGGAACGAGAUCACCGAGAUCAACCGGGCGAUCCAGAGGCUCCAGGGGGAGAUCGAGAGUGCCAAGGCCCAGCGGGCCAAGCUGGAGGCGGCCGUGGCCGAGGCGGAGGAGGGGGAGCUGGCCCUGAAGGACGCACGGGCCAAGCUGGCCGAGCUGGAGGACGCCCUCCAAAAAGCCAAGGCCGACAUGGCCCGGCAGCUCCGCGAGUACCAGGAGCUCAUGAACGUCAAGCUGGCCCUGGACAUCGAGAUUGCCACCUACAGGAAGCUGCUGGAGGGCGAGGAGAGCAGGUUGGCCGGGGAAGGAGUCGGCAACGUCAACAUCUCCGUGCUCAGCUCCAGCUCCGGCUCCAGCGGCUUCUCCAGCCCCGCGGGAUUCCUGGGAGGAGCCCUGGGAGGCGGGAUGGGCAGCGGAGCCCUGGGAUUGUCCUCGGGGGGAGGAGGCACCAAAUCCUACUCCAUCACCACCACCACCACCUCCAGCAGCCGCCGCAGCGUCAGGAAGUGACCCCGGCCCCGCUCCCGGGGAAAAGGAGGGAAAAGAAGGGAAAAAAAGGGAAAACCCUCGGGAAGAAACGUCCCGGUGCGUCCUCACCGGGAUAAAUUCCACCCUAUCCCAAAAAAAAAAACACAAAUAAAGAAACAAACAACGAGUUCCUGCCACGGCCACCCCCGCGCCGGGAUAAUCCCACCGGGAGCGGGAUCCGAUCCCACCGGGAGCGGGAUC